AUGCCGCGGAACGACGUCGAGGAAGAUGCAGACGCCGCGAGUGUGCAGGACCAAGCCCCAUCUCCACGGCACAGAGGAUCAGGGCUCUCGGACAUGCAGCCGGUGGUUGGAUCUGAAGUUACGAGCUCGACGGGUGGCGAAGAAGAUAGCUUUGCCGGAGGAAUUCGUUGCGUUCGAUCAGGCGAUGCUGACGGUGACAGUUCUGACGUAGAGGAGGGGCGGAACGAUGAUGUAAAAGACGUGUGUGGAGCAGAAGCAGAUGGUGCAGAGGUAGAGGAUGGCAAUAGCAGUAAUGGUGGCACGACAACUGUAGCAGUGGAGCCACCAGUCAAAUAUCACUCAAGUUGGGACGCUUGGCACUCGUAUUUUGUCGAAUAUUGCCGAGAAAAAAAUGCAGGUGUUGCCUGUCAAGGAAACUAUGUCACGAGCGGAGCAAAACAAGUGGUUAAAGAAGACGAAAAAGGGAGAAGACGAUUCGGUUUUAGUUCCUGA